CGAGGAAAGACGAACACCAGCCAGCCGCCGCGGCUUCAGGCUAAGCCCUAAACCUUACCGGCACGCGUCCCCUCCCUCUCCGGCGCGGCGUAUCCGUCCGCCCCGCGCGCAGGUGCAGGUGCAGCUAGCCGCCCGGGUUUCCGGAGCCAAGAGCAUCCCCUCGUGAAUUUGUGAGAUCAGUUGAGAGGAAGAAUAUUUAGCUGCUGUAAAUCUGGUAUUGAUGAGUAGAGCACAGAUGCGGCUUACUGUUGGCCAAGUUCAUAGGCAUGUACUUGCAUUGGCAUCUUCUCGGUCAUGCUUCGUCCUUGGUGACCACCUCCCAUUCAGAAUGUUUUCACUACCACGAGCAGUAAGAUUUCACCAGACCGCUUGGCGAGGUACUGAGGCUGUGGAACAUAAGAGUGGUCCACUAACUCUAGCUAGUCUUGAAGUGCAAAGCAAAGUUGAAUAUGGUAAGAAAGAAAGAGCAGCAAACACUAGAGGUCCAAAGUCAUCAUCAAGAGCUUCUUCUCUUCACAUGAAACCAAAAGUUUCUUCAUUUAAUGCCAAACCAGCAAAGAGUGCCUUUCCGAAAUCAGCAGUAGUGAAGAAGACUCUGAAGAUAGAUGAAUCUCUUUUUUCUGCAAAAUCAUUUGAAGAGCUCGGUUUGCCACCUUUGCUUAUAGAUAGGUUGAACAAGGAAGGUCUGACUGCUCCAACUGAGGUCCAGUCUGCUGCUAUUCCUAUCAUUUCACAAAGGCAUGAUGCAGUGAUCCAAUCAUAUACUGGCGCAGGGAAAACACUUGCUUACCUUCUCCCUAUUCUUUCUGAAAUAGGACCCUUAAAGAGGCCUACAGAAGAAGAUAGUUCCGAUAAGAGAUCAGGUGUGGAUGCAGUUAUUGUUGCUCCUUCAAGAGAAUUAGGAAUGCAGAUAGUGCGAGAGGUGGAGAAGAUUUUGGGCCCUAAUGAUAAGAGACUUGUCCAACAACUUGUUGGUGGUGCUAAUCGUUCAAGGCAGGAAGAAGCAUUGAAGAAGAACAAGCCAAUUAUUGUUGUUGGAACACCUGGUCGUAUUUCUGAAAUUUCAGCAGCUGGCAAACUACAAACCCAUGGUUGUCGCUUUCUUGUACUGGAUGAAGUUGACCAGCUUUUGUCUUUCAAUUAUCGUGAAGAUAUGCAUAGAAUACUUGAACAUGUAGGAAGGAAAUCGGGUACUUCAUCUAGAGAUAUUCUUGGUCCUCUUGCAAGGCGGUCUGAGCGCCAGACUAUCUUGGUUUCUGCAACGAUACCAUUUUCAGUUAUACGAGCAGCCAGGAGUUGGGGUCACGAUCCAGUCCUUGUUAGAGCUAUGAGUGUUGUUCCACUUGAUUCAAUUACUGUUCCAAGACCUGUGCUGUCCCAGACAGAUGCCAACUCCAGCUCUCCAUCAAAUUCAGUGAAUCAAGCUGCAGUUGACAGCUUACCACCAUCUUUGGAACAUUACUAUUGUACAUCCAAGGCUCAACACAAAGUUGACACUUUAAGGAGAUGCAUCCAUGCUCUGGAGGCUCAGACAGUAAUUGCAUUUAUGAACAACACCAAGCCAUUGAAGGAUGUUGUAUUUAAGUUGGAGGCCCGUGGGAUGAAAGCUACUGAGCUACAUGGAGAUCUUGGAAAGCUUGCAAGGUCAACUGUCCUGAAAAGGUUCAAGGAUGGUGAAUUCAGAGUUCUAGUUACAAACGAGUUGUCUGCCAGAGGACUGGAUGUGCCAGAAUGUGACCUUGUGAUUAAUCUGGACCUUCCAACAGACUCUACACACUAUGCCCACAGAGCUGGCCGAACUGGCCGUCUAGGGCGGAAAGGAACUGUUGUCACAAUAUGUGAAGAAACUGAAACAUUUGUUGUAAGAAAAAUGCGCAAGCAAUUAGCUGUACCCAUCAAGCCAUGCGAAUUCACCGAAGGGAAACUCCUUAUUCAGAAGGAGGAAGAUGUAGAGUAAACUAUUGUUCAAAUGAGUUUUAAUGUCUUGAAGUGUUAUUUUCUAUAGGCAUUUUCAUAGAUUGUAUCUUCUUAAAAGGUUGUCAACAAAUGCUUUUAGCAUGAUCCAAAGAUUCAGAUAAGUGGGUAUAUUCAUAUCUUGGAAACUUUUUACUCAACGGGGAGUUGGCACUCUACCUCUAUUGUAUAUUAUAUAUGCCCUAAAAUGUAAUGUAAGCAUUUAUAGGUUGUUUAGCAUAUAUUAAGGUUGAGAAGAAAAAACUAUGUUACCUUUUAAUAAAUAAAGAAUGGAUGGGAUGAGAGGUUAUGUUAGGAGCAGAAACUGAUCAGAAGCAGCCCCUAUAGCUCAGUGGUAGAGCGUCAGUCUUGUAAACUGAAGGUCUGUAGUUCGAUCCUGCAUGGGGGCAUCUU